ACAUACACAUUACAAACAUAGCAAAUUUAUGUACACUCGGUAGUUUGGUUUUAUUGACAAUCAAUAUCGACAAUACCAUAACAAAGAAAAAGGUUCCUUCAAGUUAAAGUGAUCUUAACUUUAUAUUUUUACAUAAUACUUACAAAAGAUUAUAAACUGAUUUUCUCAUAAACAUGUAAUUCUGUUGUUGGAAUAUAACAUAACUGAAUAGAAUCAGACUUGUGUAUGUUAUGUGUCAACACAAACGGAAACAAAAGCAAUAGACAAUGGACGCUCUGAAGAAAGAGUAUCAAGACUGGAUGGAUUCAAGCGACGUUUGGCAUGAAACCGAUGAAAACAAAUUUGAAGGAAGUACUGCUGAUAACAUUGAUGACAAAAUAAAAGUACUAGAAGGAGUUCUAAAAGACAAGGGUAUAGAGGGAGUAAAACAAGAGCUCAGUUCUGAUUUAGAUAAAUGGAAGAACACUGAUUUACAUAUUGCCGUCACAGGAAGUUCAGGGGCUGGCAAAUCCGCGUUUAUAAACGCCAUACGUGAUGUGUGUGCUGACGACGAGGGUGGAGCUGAGGUUGGCGUCACUGAAACUACUAUGGAACUGACACCGUACAAGCAUCCCAAAAAUCCAAACUUUAUAGUUUGGGAUAUGCCCGGGGUAGGCACACCGAAAUAUCCUAAAGACAAGUACCUUACUUGUGUAAAAUUUGAUCGGUAUGAUUUCUUCAUGAUUCUAUCGAAGAGUAGAUUCACAGAAGAAGAUUUGUGGUUAGCGAAGCAGAUUCAAGAACGAAAGAAAAGAUUUUACUUCGUCAGAACGAAUAUCGACAUAGAUAUUUACAACGACAGCCGGGCACAUCCAAAGUCCCAUUCUGCCCAAGAUGUAAUGGGAAAGGUACGGCAAGAUUGCCAUACAAAUCUGGACGCAGCCGAUAUUGAAGCACCACUUGUUUUCCUUAUUGACAAUCAUGACAAACUUAAGUAUGAAUUCGGACAACUUGAACUACAACUUCUCCAAGACUCAGAUAGUCUAAAGAUGGAAGCAAUUGCCCUGUCCCUGUCAGUGCUUACGAGUGAAGUGUUACAGAAGAAGAAAGAUGUAUUAGAAAAGAGAAUUGCGGAGAAGGCUAUGGAAAUAGCGUGCGUUUGGGAUGAUGUUGACAGACAAAAACAACUGUUUGAAGACGAAAUAUUAACUUAUAAGGAACAAUUUAAUAUAGAUGAUAAAACUCUUAGCGCUAACAAGGACGUCCUUAGCUUAACCGAUGCUAAUUUGAAAGAAUUCAAGAAGUUCUUUAAAGAUCUAUCCAAAGAUACUGUCAGUCAGCUAAGUAAGAAGUCAGCUUCUUUAUCUGGGCGCUCUGGAUCUUUUAUUCGAAUCCUCAGGCAAUCACUUCUAGGAUAUCAGUUGAUCAUCUUCCAGCUAGGAGAAGGAUUUCGUAGUCAUUCACAGCCAGUUCUUCAAUUCAGCUGUUUCGCUCUGCACCAAAACUUAGGGGAGAUGUAUAAAAUGGCUUUGAAGGUGUAUGACUUGAACGCCCAAAAGAGUUUCGUGAAGUCAAUAUACAAACCGUAAAAAAUGUAUCAUAUAUGUGGGGAUAUCGAUAUCAUGUAAUAGUUGUAAUGUUCCUUGUAAAUAUUGAAUGAUUAAGCUAAAAUUUUAUAUAAUAAAUACUUGUAACGUCUU